CCUUUAGGUUUUCCAAAUCCCCAUCUACCUCUUUCUUCAGUCGCUCUUUAACUCCAAUCCCCUCUUCAUUCAUCAACCCUUCAUAACCUUACCAGAUUUCACCCCAAUCGGUUAAACCCAAAUCCAAUAAUUCCACAAAUCUUUUUCUUUCAUUCAACCACUCCCCAAUAACCCAACGGUGGAGACAGCUCUCUCUUCAUCAGGUGGGGAUAGGGACCGUGGAAUAUUGAGGGAUUCCCUCUUAUCCUCAAACCUUGGCAUCAGAAACUCCAGGCCCAGUAUACACGUGAGAAGUUCCUCCAGGAAAAAAAAAAAAGCUUAAUCUGGAUGGCGCUUGUGACUACCAAAGGAGCCUCAUCUUCCUCUUCCUCUUUCACCCACCAACCCAAGAACUUUGAUGUUUUUUUGAGUUUCAGAGGUGAAGAUACCCGCUUUGGUUUUGUAAGCCAUCUGUAUGACGCUUUGUUUUUUCAAGGUAUUCACACCUUCAUCGAUAAUGAUCUUGAAAAGGGAGAAGAAAUUUCUGCAGAGCUUCUCAAAACAAUUGAGAACUCAACGAUGUCAAUUAUUGUAUUUUCUGAAAAUUAUGCAUCUUCCGCUUGGUGUUUGGACGAACUUGCUAAGAUUAUUGAGUGUAGGGAAAAUAAUCAAUCGGUGUUACCAAUUUUUUACAAGGUGGAUCCAUCUGAAGUUCGUAAGCAACAAGGAAAGUUUGGGGAAGCACUAACUAGACAUGAAGAAAAUUUUAAUGAUAAAGAGAAAGUAAAAAGGUGGAGGAAAGCUCUAUUUAAGGCAGGCGGAAUUUCUGGUUGGGACUGCAAGAACAGAAAUGAACGUCAACUUAUCCAGGAAAUUGUUGAAAAGAUCAAGUCUAAACUAAAUCCUGUUGGAAUAAAGUCUCGUGCAGAGGCCUUAAUAACACGUUUAGAUAUUGAAUCAAAUACUGAGAGCUUGUUUAUAACUAAUCGCAGCACCAACCCAAAGAUGGCGGAGACUGAGACUGUCAUUAUUAGUGUUGUGCUAGGCAAGCUAAUUCGAGUUGCUACUGAGCAGAUCAGCCUUGCUUGGGGGUUCGAGGAGCUGCUGACAGAACUUCUAGACUCAUUGACCACGAUUCAAGCUGUGCUGGCUGAUGCGGAGAGAAGGCAAGUGGGAGAAGAGUCCGUGAGGCUUUGGAUUCGGAGGCUUAAAAACGUUGCUUAUGAUGUUGAUGAUGUGCUGGACGAGUUUGCUUAUGAGAUUCUCCGACGAAAGGUAGAGAUCGGAAACCAAAUGAUGAGAAAGGUAUGCUUCUUCUUUUCAUUUUCAAACCCUUUUGUAUUCGGAAUCGAGAUGGCCAACAAAAUUAAGGCUGUGCUCAAAUCUUUGAAAAAGAUUAAUGAUAAUGCAAAAGCAUUUGAAUUUGCUAGCGCGGGAUCAAUAAAUGCAAUUCCUGAGGUCACUCGAAACCGAGAGACACACUCCUUUCCUGAGGGUGCAGAGAUUGUAGGAAUGGGAGGUCAUGUCUCAAAAAUAGUGAACUUGAUGCUUAAUGCAACCAAUGAACAACUGUCAGUCAUUCCUAUAGUGGGAAUGCCGGGUUUGGGAAAGACAACUCUGGCAAAAUUAGUGUAUAAUCAUGAGCUAGUACAGAGGAAUUUUGAUAAAACAAUAUGGAUAUGUGUCUCCACUGAUUUUGAUGAUAAGAAGAUUUUGAGGGAGAUUCUUGAAUCCCUUACCCAGAAAUCAUGUGCGUUGCUGACGAAGGAUACAAUACUUAAAGGCUUAAAAGAAGUGUUGCAAGAAAAAAGAUAUCUUCUCAUUCUUGAUGAUGUUUGGAAUGAAGUUCGUGUGAAAUGGGAUACUUUAAGGAGUUGUUUAUUAGUAAUUAAUUCAUCUGUAGGAAACAAUAUUAUUGUAACAACUCGUAGUGAUACUGUGGCGAAGAUCAUGAAGACAAUUCAUCAGCAUCACUUGGAAAAGCUCUCAGACGAUGAAUGUUGGUCCAUAAUCAAGAAAAGAGUAUCUACAAAUGAAAGAAUUCCACUAAGUCAAGAUCUAGAGGAUAUUGGAAGGGAGAUUGCUAAAAGAUGUCAAGGGAUUCCAUUAGUUGCAAGGGUUUUAGGAGGGACAAUGUCUAAUAAGAUUGAGGAAAGGGAAUGGUUGGCAAUACAAAACAAUGAGGUUUGGAGUUCCUUGCGUGGUGAAAAUGAAAUCUUAUCAAUACUAAAAUUAAGCUUCGAUCAUCUUUCACCAUCUCUAAAAAGUUGUUUUUCAUAUUGUGCAAUAUUUCCUAAAGAUUAUGAAAUGGGAAAGGAAGAGCUAAUUCAACAUUGGAUGGCUGAAGGGUUCCUUCAACCAUCGCAAGGAAAUUCUUCUGAGAUGGAAGACAUUGGUAACGACUAUUUUGAUAUUUUGUUGGCAAAUUCCUUAUUCCAAGAUAAAAAAAGGGAUGAUUUUGGUGAUAUAAUAAGUUGUAAGAUGCAUGAUCUUGUACAUGAUCUUGCCCUAUCAAUUUCAAAAUGGGAAACCUUGCAUUUUGGGAGCAAUGUGGGGGGUGACAUUGACAAGUCUCAUAUUCGGCGUUUAUCUUUUAUAUCCAAUGAUUGGAUAACACCAACAAUCCCACUAUCUAGAGAUGGCAUGGGUAGAUUGCGCACAGUUUUUUGUAUUUGUGCUAAUCCUGUAGACAAGUUAUUGGACUUGAAAUUUGUACGUGGUCUGACAUUAUAUAGGGUAGUUGGGAAAAAAAAUUUCAAGUCAAUUUGUGGGUUUAGACAUUUAAGGCUUCUUCACAUGAUGGAUGCCUCCAUCGGUGCAUUACCCAAUUCUAUUACCAAGCUCUACAACUUACAAACUCUAGUAAUCAAGGGUGAUACUCUUCUAACAAAGCUUCCAAAAAAUCUAAGAAAUUUGACUAACUUGAGACAUGUUAAAAUUAGUCAUGUGGACAUAAAACAAAUGCCAAUCAAUAUGGGGCAGUUGACUUGCCUUCAAACAUUGCCUUUCUUUUUCAUCGGUCAGGAAAUUGGUCAUCGAAUUGAAGAACUAGGAUGCUUAAGCCAGCUCAGAGGAGGAUUAAAUAUCUUCAAUUUGGAGCAUGUGAGAGAUAAAGAAGAAGCUAAAACUGCAAAUUUAGUGGGAAAGACGAGAGUACACAUGCUGGAAUUCCAUUGGAGUCGUGAAAGAGUAGGCAACAACAAUGAUGAGUUUGUAUUGGAAGGCCUUGAACCUCACCCACGUUUGAAAAGCUUAAAGAUAGAAAAUUUUAGGGGUGAGAAGUUCCCAUUAUGGAUAUUAGCGGGUGAUAACAGUGGUGGUGGUUUGUUUCUUUUUAACCACCUGUUGGAAAUCCGUUUAGUACAUUGUAAUAAAUGCGAAAAAAUUCCUACACUUGGGCAUUUACCAUGUCUUAAGUUGCUUCAAAUAGAGGGAAUGGAUAAUGUGACAUGUAUAGGAACAGAAUUUUAUAACAGUUAUAGUGGUGUGGGAUCAAGUACCGGUAGAGAUGGCAGUGGUAGAAAUGCAUUGUUCCCAGCUUUGGAAAGGCUUGAUUUGCAGCAUAUGCCCAAUCUAGUGGAAUGGAAGGACGCGAUGGACCUAACAACAAUAGGAAUGGUGUUUCCUCGCCUUGAGGAGUUAACCAUUAAAGAAUGUAGAAAACUGAUAAGUGCUCCAUGUCAUUUUUCAUCUCUUAAGAAAUUAGAUAUUUGGCAAACUUGCAGUACGACCUUCAAAAACAUUAUCAGCAAGCUUACCACUCUUGUGUCCCUUGAUAUGUAUGAUAUUUCCGAACUUGCUUGUCUGCCCGAGCAUUUAUGGCAAAAUAAUACUAUGAGUCUAAUGUCUUUGAAGAUAGUGUUUUGUGCUGAUUUGGUGUCCAUCUUGCCGCCGCAUGAGGAUGAUGUAUGGGCGUCUUGCACGUCUCUCCAAUCACUCCAAAUUAGAGGAUGUAAGAAAUUGAGUCAUUUGCCAAACACACUGCAAACCCUCAUUUCCCUUGAGAAAUUUGAAGUAAGCAGUUGUUCCAAUGUGAUGUAUUUUCCAAGUCUACAAGGUGUGGCACCCUUUCUUCGAACUCUACAGAUAUCAUGCGGUGAUGAAGUUUUCCCGUCUGGGCUGCAAUCCUGUACAUCUCUUUCGGAAUUGAGGAUAUCGGAAUGUCCUAAUCUGAAAUCAAUUCCAGAUCUACGAGAAUUGCAUUCUCUUAACCACUUACGAAUUUUCCGUUGCCGAAAGUUGAGGCAUCUACCAGAUGGCUUAGACCGCCUCACCCGCUUGAAGCAAUUGUGGAUUGGUGGGUUUUGCGAGGAGCUGGAUAUUUCCACGAUUCUCUGUUCCAUCCCACACUUGCAGACAUCCCUUAAAAUACUAGGUUUGUAUGGGUGCGAUGAACUCAAUACUCCUCCGGACGAAAUUCUACGCUUCACUGGCCUCUUACAACUGUCAAUAAUUGGAUGUAAAUCAAUUCAAACUUUUUCUGAUUGGAUUAGGAGCCGAAUGCCUAAUCUUCGUUAUUGGAAUCUAUGGGACAGCACUGGCCGUUUUGGCGUGUCACGUGGUACUUCGGUGGAAGAUUAAUCGAUUAAAUAAUCCACUCUUAGCUAAUGGAAGUUCAUUAUAGAGCUGAGAAAGGAAGGCUUGAUUCAAGACCUGCAUUCCAAAAUGCUGAUGCAAUGCUCACCAUAUAAUAGAAACUACAGAUAUAUUAUUUCUCCAGUUGUCCCCAUUGAAAGGAAGGAUGUUCCAGGGAAAAGAGCCCAAGUGGCCCAAGAUUUUCCACAUUUAAUAAAAAUAGAAAGUUAUGUCAUCCAACUG